AUGGAUCCUCUGAAGCAGACACACUUAGCGACUCUAAACUACACGGGUUGUAUCGCAAGGCUGAAUAUAGAUUCGUGGGAUGCCGCGAUCGGUGGAAUGAGUGAGCUCAUCAAAGCUUGGUCUUUCCGAGACUCCACUCCGAGGGAGCACGCCUCCGAGAUCUCAUCUAAUUGCAGCGGAAUCUUCAACUUCAACACGGAAGAAUUUCCGCCGUACAAAUACUCCUGCUCGGAAUACGCUCCUGCAAUACUCAUCGCCAUCCUCGUCUGGGCUGCAGCGACUGCCUUGUUAAGGAGGAAACACCGUAGUCGUCCAGAGCAAAGUGAGAGUAAUCCUGAUUCCUCCUCCGACGACAUUCUCUUUUCCGAAUGGACAAUCCCCGGAGGAAAACUCGACAUCGACGCAAGCGCGGGUUUCUUCGGAAUACAUCGCCGGGUCUUCAGAGGGACGUAUAAGGAGACCCCCACGGUCCACAAACAAGUGGCAGUCAAGAUUCUCCGAGCUCAACAUCUGGCUCUCAAUGCAGCGCGCGUACAUAGCUUGUGCCAGAUGCAGCAUCCUAAUAUUUUGGAAAUUUUCGGAAUCGGCCGAGAAGCCGGGAGUCGCUCGCUGUUAUCAGUCGUGAGUCCCUGGCAGGUCAGGGGGAGCCUCUAUGAUCAUCUCAAAAUCAACACAUUAUCGUAUUGCCAGCUGCUCCAUUUGUCUUGUUCAAUAGCGGACGGCUUGGCAUAUCUACACGCUGCGAAAACGCCUUCGGAAGGCGGCUACUCGAAGCCAGCUAUGGCUCACAGGAACAUCAAGUCAAAGAACAUCAUACUGAGAGAUGACCGUACGGCGUGCAUCGCUGACUUCGACUCGACAAUCGUGUACGAUUCCGGGACGACUGCCGAGGAAAUGGUCAUCGGAUCGUUCCUUUACUGGUCGCCGGAGUUGCUGGAAGGCGGAGCGACGACGGCAUUGCCCACACGAGAAACUUCACAAGCAGCUGAUAUCUACGCGGUGACCCUCGUUCUCUGGGAAGCUCUGUCCAGGACAGCUGUUUCGUCCGAAUCUUCGGAAUAUGUCAUGCCGUUUGAGGACACCGUCGGACCAAACCCUUCGUUGCUGCAGAUGCGGGAAAUCGUCGUGUCUCGAAGGAAGAGACCGAUUAUUGAGAGAGCAUGGCGAGAAGACGAUCGGUUCUCUCCUUACAUCUCGCUCCUUGAACUUUGUUGGGAUCAAGAUCCUCGCAUCCGCUACAGUGCCGGCAAGCUCCACAGAAGCUUAAGACUUUUCGAGUCUGCCAUGGUGAGCCCGACGAAAGACAAAUUUGUCCCGUGGCCGGCUUAA